AUGCCCAACUACAGUAGAAUAACAGGAUUCAUUCUUACGGGAUUUUCAGACAUCCAAGAGUUACAAACUGUCUGUGGAGUGUUCUUCCUGGUAAUGUUCCUAGAAAUCCUGAUGAGUAACUUUCUCAUCAUCACUCUCAUCACCCUGGAUCUGAAACUUCAAACACCCAUGUACUUCUUCCUGAAGAACUUGUCCCUGUUUGAUGUCUUCCUUGUGUCCGUACCAAUCCCCAAUUUCUUUGUCAACAGCCUAACUCACAACAAUUCCAUUUCGGUGCUGGGUUGUGCCUUUCAGAUACUUUUCAUGACUUCUUUUUCAGCAGGUGAGAUAUUUAUUCUUACGGCCAUGUCCUAUGACCGCUAUGUUGCCAUCUGCUGUCCCCUGCAUUAUGAGGUCAUUAUGAGUCGUGGAACUUGUGUGCUGAUGGUAGUUGUUUCCUGGGUCACUGGGGUACUCUUUGGAACUGUAUACACAGCUGGCACAUUUUCCAUGUCUUUCUGUGGCUCCAAUGUAAUCCCACAGUUUUUCUGUGAUAUACCUUCAUUGCUAAGGCUUUCUUGCUCUGAAACACUUGGUGUAAUUUACACAAGUAUUGGAAUAGGCAUGUGUCUGUGUAUGUCUUGCUUUAUCUGUGUGGUUAUCUCUUACUUUUAUAUUUUCUCUAUGGUGCUUAAGAUUCCUACUACUAAAGGUCAAUCAAAAACAUUUGCAACAUGCAUCCCCCAUCUCACUGUUUUUACUGUUUUCAUUGUUACUGCUUGCUUUGUCUAUCUGAAACCACCCUCAAAUGUACCAUCAAUCACAGACAGGUUUCUUUCUGUGCUCUAUACUGUGUUACCUCCAGCCUUUAAUCCUUUAGUCUACAGCCUGAGGAACAGUGAUGUCAAGUAUGCUAUGAGAAGGUUGCUACAAAAUCACUUCCCAAGUGGUUCGUGUCAUUUAACAUCUCUCUGUCAGUGAUGUAGUGCCUCACAAGUUACAGGCAAAAUUUGUAAUUCUUGA